AUGUCCAGGUGCUGAAAAUUACAUUUUUUCUGCCCUGGGACUUGAAAUUGUUAAAUUUUCAGCUUCAAGAGCAGGAAAUUGCAUAUUUUCAGCUGUUUGAGCUAGAAAUCUCAUAUUUCCAGCUCCAGGAACGAAAAAUCAUGAAAUUUUGAGCUCUAGGAUAAAAAAUGCAUAUUUUUCAUGUUCUGGUGCUGAAAAAUACAGUUUUUCAGCCCUGGGCCUUGAAAUUGUUAAAUUUUCAGCAGAAAAUUGCAUAUUUUCAGCUGUUUGAGCUAGAAAUCGCAUAUUUUCAGCUCCUGGAACGAAAAAUCAUGAAAUUUUGAGCUCUAGGAUCAAAAAUGCAUAUUUUUCAUGUUCUGGUGCUGAAAAAUACAGUUUUUUCAGCCCUGGAACUUGAAAUUGUCAAAUUUUCAGCAGAAAAUUGCAGUUUUUCAGCUUCCAGAUCAAAAAAUCAUGAUUUUUCCAAUUUUCCAGCUUCCGUCUCGUCGAUUUCGGUCUCGCCACAAUCGAUCGCAGUUCCACUGAACUUCCCCAACCCGCCACCACCUCCACCCAAUGUCAAAUAUGCGCCAAAUCACCCAACCCAUGUAUGACGUGUAAAAGCCGGCCGAAACGUGAAUCGUAUCACGUGGUCGGCACACCAGGAGUCCGUGCACCCGAAUUGCUCUUCGGUGUUGGCGUGUGCUCACCGGCUGUCGAUAUUUUCUCGGCUGGUCUGUGUCUCUUAUCUCUCGUCACACUGAAACAUCCAUUUUUUAUGCCCAAAGAUGAGACGGAAAAUAUUAUGGAUUUGGCGUGUUUGCUGGGUAGUGAUAUUAUGGAAAAGGUACAUUUUGAGCCGCAGAAAACGAGCUAUGACGUGGCAAAUGUCCCUUUGAAAUAAUGUGGCCUCAAGUGAUUUACUACAGUAAUCUAAAGGGACAUACACUCGCUUCGCUCGAACCGCUUGCGCGGAAUCUUGAUCUACACUCGCGCCAGAGGCGCUCGGAGUACUGUAUGAUCCUUUGGGCGGUCUACAGUACCCCGAGCGUCUUUAGCGCGAGUGUAGAUCAAAAUUCCGCUCGAGCGAAGCGAGUGUAUGUCCCUUUGAAAUAAUGUGGCCUCAAGUGAUCUACUACAGUAAUCUGAAGGGACAUACACUCGCUUCGCUCGAACCGCUUGCGCGGAAUCUUGAUCUACACUCGCGCCAGAGGCGCUCGGGGUACUGUAUGAUCCUUUGGGCGGUCUACAGUACCCCGAGCGCAUUUAGCGCGAGUGUAGAUCAAAAUUCCGCUCGAGCGAAGCGAGUGUAUGCCCCUUUGAAAUACUGUGGCCUCAAGUUAUCUGCUACAGUAAUCUAAAGGGACAUACACUCGCUCCGCUCGAGCCGCUUACGCGGAAUUUUGAUCUACACUCGCGCCAGAGGCGCUCGGGGGUACUGUAUGAUCCUUUGGGCGGUCUACGGUAUCCCGAGCGCAUUUAGCGCGAGUGUAGAUCAAAAUCCCGCGCAAGCGGCUCGAGCGAAGCGAGUGUAUGUCGCUUUGAAAUACUGUAGCCUCUAUGAACUAUGAACUACAGUACCUUAAGUCCUCUACAGUAAUCUAAAGGGACAUACACUCGCUUCGCUCGAGUCAGCGAAAAAUUCAAAAUUACGUUGCAGAUUGGUGAACGCGAAGGUCUUCGUGUCACAAUAUCCGAACAUCGAAAUCCCACCGAUUUUUGUCAACUAAUCCUCUGCCUUCGCUUCGGUUUUGAGAGCGUCCACAAAUUCGCAGCCAAAAUUCUCGAUUUCCCCCGAAAAGCGUGCGAAAAAUGCGCAGAAAUUGGACAUGGAAACGUGGAUUCCGUGUGCUUUUGUGAGUUUUUAACGCUAUUCUUUAACGUAAUAACCUAAAAUUAAUUUCAGGUCGGCCCCCGGAUUCUGGAAAAUUCUCAACUUCCGGCAUCUCAAAUGAACUUCUCGUUCUCUAUGUUGAUUUAUUGUAUAGUGCACUUGAACCCGAUCGAUUUUUACGAUUUUCGGCUGAUCGAUUAUUGUCGAUUAUUGAUUUGUAUGAAAGACGGCAGAUUGUUUAUCCCAAACUUGACAUUGAAUAA